UGUGUUGCUUCUUUUUCACAUAGGAGGUGCUCUACCUGCCGACGUAAGAAAUCUCUCCGAACUGGAAGUUUCUUUGGAGAGCUGUCAAGAGUCCCGUUGGGAAAAAUUCUCUUGUGUAUGUAUUUCUGGAGCGUUCGUGAGCUACGUACGACUGUUGCAAAUAUGCUCACUCUGUCGAAGAAUACUGUCGGGAACAUCUACGCAUUACUUCGGCAUUAUUGUGGAAGAGAUCUACAAGAUAGACCCGUUAUUCCAUUCGGGGGUAGAGUGUACGUUGUAAAAUGCGACGAAAGCCAGUUUAAACAUAAAUCCAAGGUAAGUCAGGGUCUUGUACAUGCUACAUAUGUAACCUUAACACAACUGAAACCAGUAUUUCCAGUUAAACCUUUAAUCAUUUAUCAACGAGGGCGAAGACCAAGGGACGACGUAUGGGUUUUUGGAGUUAUCUCAACAGAGUAUAACCCAUGCCGCGGUUAUUUCCAGGUGGUUCCACGGCGAGAUAGAGCGACAUUAACUCAAAUAUUGCAAAGGGUUCUUCUUCCGAGGUCAGAGGUUCACUCAGAUGACUGGGCUGCCUAUAGGAACUUGCCGCUUCACGUACCUAACGUUUCUUUGCAUAGGGUUGUUGUUCACCAAAAUCAUUUUGUGGAUCCUCUCACAGGCAUUCACACGCAAGAGGUGGAAUCGGCAUGGAGUCAACUGAAGUACCACAUUAAACGGGAGAGGGGCAUCCGUCAGUUGGACCUUCAAGAUUUUCUGAAUGAAGAAAUGUGGAGGCAAUGGAGGGGACUAAAUUCUGUGUUCACUAAUUUGAUUCUAAUCAUUCCACGAUAUUAUCAACUUUAGACUGCUGAUCCAAAAAACACCAAAUGUGUAAAUGCUGAGGAUUAAUAACACCCUGAGGAAGGAACAUUUUUUAAUGAGAUAAGAUUGUGUUAGAGCGUACCCGGCUCACUGUAUGUUUGG